AUGGUCUUAUAUACCAACGCCACGAUCGUGACGGUCAAUACGAGUAGAGAUGUCAUCCUCGACGGAGCCAUCCUUGUCCAAGGAGACAAAAUUGCUGAUAUCGGCAAGGCCGAAACACUCAUUGAAAGAUACCCCAAGGAGGAACUUAUCGAUCUUUCAGGGCGCAUUAUAAUCCCCGGCUUGAUCACCACGCAUAUGCAUACCGCUCAGACGUUGCUACGGGGAGCUGCGGAUGAUUUGGAGCUGGUGUCUUGGCUAUGUGAGAGGAUCUGGGUGCUUCAGGGAAACUUCACUGCCGAAGAUGGGUAUGCCGCCGCGAGGAUGAGUAUCGCUGAGAUGCUGUUGUCGGGGACGACCUGUUUUCUCGAGAGCAUGUUCGCCGACAGAUAUGGAUUCGAUGGUCUUUGUCGAGCUGUCGAAGAGAGUGGUAUCCGGGGAUGUCUCGGAAAGAUAGUUAUGGAUAUCGCAACUUAUGCCAAAGACCCAGCGUGGGCCAUGCAUCCAGGUCUUGUUGAGGAUCGCGAGACGUCCCUACUCGGGGCCAUCAAAAUGUGGGAAAAGUGGGAUAAGAAGGCCAAUGAUCGGAUCCGAGUCUGGUUUGGAGCGAGGACUCCUGGUGGCGUAUCAGAUGGUCUCUAUAAAGAGAUGGCUACUAUUUCUAAGGAGAAGAAUAUUCCAAUUACUAUGCACUGUGCAGAGGUCAAAGCGGAUAGAGACUUCUUCGAGUCUCGGUCUCACACCCCGAUGUCAUACUGCUCCUCCGUCGGUCUCCUUGGUCCAAGUACUGUCUUGGUGCACAUGGUACAUCUUGAUGAUUCCGACAUAUCCAAACUAGCAGAGACAGGAACCCACGUUGCCCACUGUCCCACAUCCAACGCGAAGUUAGCAUCUGGGAUCUGUCGACUCCCCGAGCUUCUGGCUUCAGGCGUCAACGUCGGCCUAGGGACCGACGGAGCACCAUGCAACAACACGAACGAUCUCCUGCAGGAGAUGAAGCUCGCGGCCAUAAUCCACAAAGCGAAGAGCUAUGACCCGACCAUCGUCUCUGCCGAGCAGGUCCUCGAGAUGGCCACCAUCAACGGAGCGAAAGCACUGGGCCUCCAGGAUUCCAUCGGCAGUCUGGAGGUUGGGAAGAAAGCUGAUUUCGUGGCGAUUGAUAUGCGGCGUGUGCAUCUGCAGCCUUACUUCUCACCCGUUAGUGCGGUGGUGUAUUCUGUCACGGGCAGAGACGUGGAGUUGGUGGUUGUGGACGGGAAAGAGGUGGUGAAGGGAGGGAAGCUACAGACUAUGAAUGAGGAAGAGGUCUGGCGAGAAGCUGAGAAGAGGAGUCACGAGGUUGUGGAGAGGGCUGGGCUGACCGAGAAGGUCAAGGGACGAUGGCCUUUGCGGUAA